AUGAUGCAGCUCUAUGGACUUGAGAAUGCUGUGAGGAUCUCGCUGGAGAUCCUUAGGAAGAUAAACCUCAACAUUCUUGCUGAGGGACUACAAAUUGACAACAGACCCAUAGAUGAAGCUGCACAGGACCACAAGAGCCAGGCCCAGACCACAGAGAGACAGAUUAGGGAGGCAUUUGACAAUCUUCACCAGCUUCUACAAGAUAAGGAGUAUGCCAGGAUAGCUGCGCUGAGGGAGGAAGAGGAGCAGAAGACCGUGGAUCUCACAGGGUUCAAAUGUGUCCGGGGGAACCAUCCAAUGAAGUUUAGAAAGAGGACCUUGUUCUCCCUGUCUUCAGAUCCUGUGAUUCUGGACCCCAACACUGUCCAUCCAGAUCUCACGUUGUCUAAGGAUCUGACCAGUGUGAGAGAGAGUGAAGAGACACAGAAGCUUCCUGACCACGCAGAGAGAUUUGAUUACUUUACAUGGAUCAUGGGUUGUGAUGGCUUUAACUCAGGGACACAUAGCUGGGAUGUUGAAGUUGUGCAAAAUACAAAUUGGAACUUGGGUGUGGUCACAGAGUCUGUGCAGAGGAAAGGAACCAUCGAGAGUGACCACUGGGGAUUCCGGCACUUCGAUGGUGAAUAUGGAGCAUUUAGUCCACCGGGUUCGUCCAUUGGCCUCACAGUAACACAGAAACCACAGAGGAUCAGAGUGCAGCUGGACUGGGACAGAGGAACGCUGUCAUUCUCUGACCCUGAUAACAAGACACACCUCUACAUGUUUACACACACUUUCACUGAGCGAGUCUUUCCAUUCAUUGGUAAUAAACUCAACAAAAAAAUAAACAUCCUCUCACUGUCAAAAAUGCUCACUGUAUUACUCACUGUAUUUUCAGCAAACCUAACAUGUGUAAAUAUUUGUAUGAACAUAACAAGAAUCAACAACUGAGACAUAAACUGAACAAG